AUGAAUACAGCUGGUCACAACUGUAAUGGAAAGAUUUUGUAUUUUGUGAAUAGUGAGGUUGAUGUUGAAGUUUUGAUGGAUACUGAGCAAAAAAUUACCAUUAAACUGUGCCCGCAGAAUAGUGGUAAAUCUUUCAUCAAUACCUUGGUUUAUGCAAAGUGUGAUGAUAUAUACAAUUUGGCAAAUCACAUUAAUUUGCCAUGUCUAAUUGGUGGAGACUUUAAUGUUAUUAUGAAUGAGCAAGAGAAAAUAGGUGGAUUUCUUGUCUAUCCAACUAAAUAUGAGGAUUUUGCUUUUUGUAAUCUUGGUCAAUCAACAAUUCCAAGAUUGGCUAAGAAACAUGAGUAUGGAGCAUUUUAUCUAGAACUGGAUAUGAUCAUGCACCACUACUUUUAUCAGCAAGGGGAUUCUUUCAUUACUUUCAAGUUGAAGAUCAAGAAUUUGAAAACUACUUUAUCAGCUUGGAGUAGAGAAACAUUUGGAGAUGUAUUCAAGCAACUUGUAAUAAGAGAAGAUAUAGUCAAGAUUAAAGAACAACUGUUUGAAGAGGAUCCAUCUGAGGAAAAUAGAAUAGUGUUGCAAAGAGCAAAAGCAGAAUUCAAAAAAUAUUUGCAUUUUGAAGAGGAAUUUUGGAAGCAAAAAUUUGGCAUUCAAUGGCAGUCAGAAAAGGAAACUGAACUGGUUGCUGCUGAGGCAAUUGCCUUUUAUGAAAAUCAAUUCACUCAGGAACAAACCUCUACAGAUUUGAGCUUAUUGGAUCAUGUAUCAAGGAGGAUUUCAGAUGAACAAAAUGCUACCCUUUGUGCCAUGCCAUCUUUGGAGGAGGUUAAAAAUGCAGUUUUUGCACUAUCAGGAGAUAGUGCUUGUGGUCCAGAUGGAUUUUCUGGUAUUUUCUAUCAAAAGUGUUGGGAUAUAGUGGGAGCUGAUGUCUAUAAUGUGGUUAAGGCUUUUUAUGAGGGACAAACACUUCCAAAGUCUGUCACUCAUACAAACUUAGUCUUACUACCUAAGAAAUCCAUUAUCAGCACUUUUGCAGAUCUGAGACCAAUCAGUCACAGUAACUUCAUUAAUAAGGUCAUUUCUAGAUUGCUGCAUGAUAAGCUUGAAUGUAUAUUGCCUUCUUUGAUAUCAAACAAUCAGUCUGGCUUUGUUAAAGGAAGGAACAUAAUUGAGAAUGUCUUGUUAACUCAAGAGCUGGUGACUGGAAUUAGAAAAAGAGGCAAACCAGCUAAUGUGAUCAUCAAACUUGAUAUAGCAAAGGCAUAUGAUAGAGUUUCUUGGAGCUACCUAAUCCAGGUGUUGAGAAAAAUAGGAUUUGCGAAAGGUUAUGUGGAUAUGAUUUGGAGAAUAAUAGCCAAUAAUUGGUACUCAGUACUAAUUAAUGGUCAAUCACAUGGUUUUUUCUGUUCUACAAGGGAAGUCAAACAAGGAGAUCCAUUAUCACCAGCUUUAUUUAUUUUGGCUGCAGAGGUUCUAUCAGCUGCUCUUAAUUCUUUGUUUGAUAAUGACAUGUUCAAUGGACAUGGAAUGCCUAAAUGGAGUUCUAAGUUGAAUCACUUGUCAUAUGCUGAUGACAUAAUAAUUUUUGUCUCUGCUGAAAAACAAUCACUACAGAUGGUAAUGGACGUUCUUCAGGAGUAUGAAAAGAUAUCAGGCCAGAAAGUAAAUGCUGAUAAGAGUGCAUUUUAUAUGCAUAAGAAAGCAGCAAAUCAGAUUGUUCAAGAGGUUCAGCAAGUGACAGGUUUUGAAAGAAGAGAAUUCCCAUUCAUCUAUUUAGGUUUUCCUAUGUUUCAUGCAAGAAGGCAGAAGUUAUUUUAUAAGGAGAUGAUGACAAAAGUAAGGGAUAAGCUUCAAGCAUGGAAAGGAAAGAUGUUAUCUUUUGGAGGUAAAGCUGAAGAAGGGAAAAGCAAGCACCGGUCUAAAUGGGAAAAUCUGUGUUUUCCAAGGCAAGAAGGAGGCGUAGGAUUCAGAUCAUUAUUUGAUGUCUCAAAAGCUCUAUUUGCUAAAUUAUGGUGGAGGUUCAGAACAAGAUGGUUUGCAUCAGUAUGGUUUGAUAAUUGGACAAAUCUUGGAGCACUGCAUGAGAUAAUUCCAUCACAUGAUCAAACAAACCAAUAUGUUGAAGAAGUGGAGGAGUUGAUGGAAGGUGAUCCAUGGAGUUUUACAAAGAUGCAUGGGUUUCUACCAGAAAACAUUGUGAAUCAUGUCAGACAAGAACUGGGAGCCUUUGUAAGAACAGAAGAAAGGGAUCAACCAUGGUGGAAGAUUACAAGCUCUGGUCCCUACAAGUGCAAUGCAGAUGGGGCAUUAAGAGGGAACCCAGGACGAAGCUCAGUAGCAUUUUGUGUGAAAAACUAUAAAGGAGAUAUCAUAUAUGCAGUAGCAAAGAGAUUACAAAAUACUACUAACUUAAUAGCAGAAGCUCUAGCUAUCAAAGAAGGGAUUGAAUACUUUGUUGCUCAUCAGUUAUUGCUUUUAAUAGCUGAAACUGAUUCCCUAACAAUGAAAAUGGUGCUAGAUGGUAUAUGGGAGGUACCAUGGAGUAUAGCUGGUGGUUAG